GCGAUGCCCAGCGGCGCGGCGGGCGGCGGGGCCCGGCGGGGCGCGCAGAGGAGCGGGCCGCGGCGCUGAGGCGGCGGAGCGCGGCCCCGCCAUGGGCUUCCUGCACCAGCUGCAGCUGCUGCUCUGGAAGAACGUGACGCUCAAACGCCGGAGCCCGUGGGUCCUGGCCUUUGAGAUCUUCAUUCCGCUGGUGCUGUUCUUCAUCCUGCUGGGGCUGCGGCAGAAGAAGCCCACCAUCUCCGUGAAGGAAGUCUCCUUCUACACCGCGGCGCCCUUGACGUCUGCCGGCAUUCUGCCCGUCAUGCAGUCGCUGUGCCCAGAUGGCCAGCGGGACGAGUUUGGCUUCCUGCAGUAUGCCAACUCCACGGUCACUCAGCUGCUCGAGCGCCUGGACCGCGUGGUGGAGGAAGGCAACCUGUUUGACCCAGCGCGGCCCGGCCUGGGCUCGGAGCUCGAGGCCCUGCGCCAGCAUCUGGAGGCCCUCAGCGCAGGCCCGGGCACCCCAGAGAGCUACCCCGACAGACCCACAGUGUCGUCCUUCUCGCUGGACUCGGUGGCCAGAGACCCGCAGGAGCUCUGGCGUUUCCUGACGCAGAACCUGUCGCUGCCCGAUAGCGCGGCUCACGCCCUCCUGUUCGCCCGCGUGGACCCGCCCGAGGUCUACCACCUGCUGUUCGGUCCCUCGCCUGCCCUGGAUUCAGAGUCCGGCCUUCCCAAGGGUCAGGAGCCCUGGAGCCACCUGGGGAGCAAUCCCCUGUUCCGGAUGGAGGAGCUGCUGCUGGCUCCUGCCCUCCUGGAACGGCUCACCUGCGCCCCGGGCUCCGGGGAGCUGGGCCGGAUCCUCACUGUGCCUGAGAGUCAGAAGGGGGCCCUGCAGGGCUACCAGGAUGCUGUUUGCAGUGGGCAGGCUACUGCACGUGCCAGGCGCUUCUCUGGGCUGGCCACUGAGCUCCGGAACCAGCUGGACAUGGCCAAGGUCUCCCAGCAGCUGGGCCUGGAUGCCCCCAACGGCUCGGACUCCCCGCCACAGGCGCCACCCCCGCGGAGGCUGCAGGCGCUUCUGGGAGACCUGCUGGAUGCCCAGAAGGUUCUGCAGGAUGUGGAUGUCCUGUCGGCCCUGGCCCUGCUGCUGCCCCAGGGUGCCUGUGCUGGCCGGACCCCCGGACCCCUGGCCAGCGGUACGGGCGGCACAGCCAAUGGCACUGGGGUGGGCACGGCCUCGGGCCCCAAUGCCACCGCCGAGGAGGACACACCUUCUGCUGCAGCGCCCGCCACCCCGGACAUGCUGCAGGGCCAGUGCUCCGCCUUCGUGCAGCUCUGGGCCGGCCUGCAGCCCAUCUUGUGUGGUAACAACCGCACCAUUGAGCCCGAGGCGCUGCGGCGGGGCAACAUGAGCUCCCUGGGCUUCACGAGCAAGGAACAGCGGAACCUGGGCCUCCUUGUGCACCUCAUGACCAGCAACCCCAAAAUCCUGUACGCCCCCGCGGGCUCUGAGGUUGACCGCGUCAUCCUCAAGGCCAACGAAACUUUUGCAUUUGUGGGCAACGUGACUCACUACGCCCAGGUCUGGCUCAACAUCUCGGCGGAGAUCCGCAGCUUCCUGGAGCAGGGCAGGCUGCAGCAACACCUGCACUGGCUGCAGCAGUAUGUGGCAGAGCUGCGGCUGCACCCCGAGGCACUGAACCUGUCGCUGGAUGAACUGCCACCCGCCCUGCGCCAGGACAACUUCUCGCUGCCCAGCGGCAUGGCCCUCCUGCAGCAACUGGACACCAUUGACAACGCGGCCUGCGGCUGGAUCCAGUUCAUGUCCAAGGUGAGCGUGGACAUCUUCAAGGGCUUCCCCGAUGAGGAGAGCAUUGUCAACUAUACGCUCAACCAGGCCUACCAGGACAACGUCACCGUGUUUGCCAGUGUGAUCUUCCAGACGCGGAAAGAUGGCUCGCUCCCGCCGCACGUGCACUACAAGAUCCGGCAGAACUCCAGCUUCACUGAGAAGACCAACGAGAUCCGACGCGCCUACUGGCGGCCCGGGCCCAACACUGGCGGCCGCUUCUACUUCCUUUAUGGCUUUGUCUGGAUCCAGGACAUGAUGGAGCGUGCCAUCAUCGACACCUUCGUGGGGCACGACGUGGUGGAGCCGGGCAGCUACGUGCAGAUGUUCCCCUACCCCUGCUACACGCGGGAUGACUUCUUGUUUGUCAUUGAGCACAUGAUGCCGCUGUGCAUGGUGAUCUCCUGGGUCUACUCCGUGGCCAUGACCAUCCAGCACAUUGUGGCGGAGAAGGAGCACCGGCUCAAGGAGGUGAUGAAGACCAUGGGCCUGAACAACGCGGUGCACUGGGUGGCCUGGUUCAUCACCGGCUUCGUGCAGCUGUCCAUCUCGGUGACUGCACUCACCGCCAUCCUCAAGUACGGCCAGGUUCUUAUGCAUAGCCACGUGGUCAUCAUCUGGCUCUUCCUGGCCGUCUACGCCGUGGCCACCAUCAUGUUCUGCUUCUUGGUAUCCGUGCUGUACUCCAAGGCCAAGCUGGCCUCAGCCUGUGGUGGCAUCAUCUACUUCCUGAGCUAUGUGCCCUACAUGUACGUGGCGAUCCGAGAGGAGGUGGCUCAUGAUAAGAUCACGGCCUUCGAGAAGUGCAUUGCGUCUCUCAUGUCCACAACGGCCUUCGGCCUGGGCUCCAAGUACUUCGCGCUGUACGAGGUGGCUGGCGUGGGCAUCCAGUGGCACACCUUCAGCCAGUCCCCGGUGGAGGGGGACGACUUCAACCUGCUCCUGGCCGUGGCCAUGCUGAUGGUGGAUGCCGUGGUCUAUGGGAUCCUCACGUGGUACAUCGAGGCGGUGCACCCAGGCAUGUACGGGCUGCCCCGGCCCUGGUACUUCCCACUGCAGAAGUCCUACUGGCUGGGCAGUGGGCGGACAGAAGCCUGGGAGUGGAGCUGGCCAUGGGCACGUACCCCCCGCCUCAGUGUCAUGGAGGAGGACCAGGCCUGCGCCAUGGAGAGCCGGCGCUUUGAGGAGACCCGUGGCAUGGAAGAGGAGCCCACCCACCUGCCUCUGGUUGUCUGUGUGGACAAACUGACCAAGAUCUACAAGGAUGACAAGAAGCUGGCCCUAAACAAGCUGAGCCUGAACCUCUACGAGAACCAGGUGGUCUCUUUCCUGGGCCACAAUGGGGCGGGCAAGACCACCACCAUGUCCAUCCUGACCGGCCUGUUCCCGCCCACGUCGGGUUCCGCCACCAUCUACGGGCAUGACAUCCGCACGGAGAUGGAUGAGAUCCGCAAGAACCUGGGCAUGUGCCCGCAGCACAACGUGCUCUUCGACCGGCUCACGGUGGAGGAGCACCUCUGGUUCUACUCGAGGCUCAAGAGCAUGGCCCAGGAGGAGAUCCGCAAAGAGAUGGACAAGAUGAUCGAGGACCUGGAGCUCUCCAACAAGCGGCACUCGCUGGUGCAGACGCUGUCCGGUGGCAUGAAGCGCAAGCUCUCCGUGGCCAUCGCCUUCGUGGGCGGCUCUCGUGCCAUCAUCCUGGACGAGCCCACGGCUGGCGUGGACCCCUACGCGCGCCGCGCCAUCUGGGACCUCAUCCUGAAGUACAAGCCGGGCCGCACCAUCCUUCUGUCCACACACCACAUGGACGAGGCCGACCUGCUUGGGGACCGCAUUGCCAUCAUCUCCCACGGGAAGCUCAAGUGCUGUGGCUCCCCGCUCUUCCUCAAGGGCACCUACGGAGACGGGUACCGCCUCACGCUGGUCAAGCGGCCCGCUGAGCCGGGGGCCCCCCCAGAGCCAGGGCUGGCCUCCAGCCCUCCAGGCCGGGCCCAGCUGAGCAGCUGCUCGGAGCCCCAGGUGUCCCAGUUUAUCCGCACGCACGUGGCCUCCUGCCUGCUGGUCUCGGACACCAGCACGGAGCUCUCCUACAUCCUGCCCAGCGAGGCCGCCAAGAAGGGGGCCUUUGAGCGCCUUUUCCAGCACCUGGAGCGCAGCCUGGAUGCGCUGCACCUCAGCAGCUUCGGGCUGAUGGACACGACUCUGGAGGAGGUGUUCCUCAAGGUGUCUGAGGAGGAUCAGUCGCUGGAGAACAGUGAGGCCGAUGUGAAGGAGUCCAGGAAGGACGUACUCUCUGGGACAGAGGGCCCAGCGUCUGGGGAGGGCCACGCCGGCAACCUGGCCUGGUGCUCAGAGCUGGCACAGUCACAGGCCUCGCUGCAGUCUGUGUCAUCGGUGGGCUCUGCCCGUGGUGACGAGGGAGCUGGCUACGCCGACGUAUAUGGCGACUACCGCCCCCUCUUUGAUAACCCGCAGGACCCAGACAACGUCAGCCUGCAAGAGGCCGAGGCGGAGACCCUGUCGAGGGUCGGCCAGGGCAGUUGCAAGCUGGACGGCGGGUGGCUGAAGCUUCGCCAGUUCCACGGGCUGCUGGUUAAACGUUUCCACUGUGCCCGCCGAAACUCCAAGGCCCUCUUCUCCCAGAUCCUGCUGCCCGCCUUCUUCGUCUGCGUGGCCAUGACUGUGGCGCUGUCCGUCCCCGAGAUUGGUGACCUGCCUCCGCUGGUCCUGUCACCCUCCCAGUACCACAACUACACCCAGCCCCGCGGCAACUUCAUCCCCUACGCCAACGAGGAGCGCCACGAGUACCGACUGCGGUCGCCCGAUGCCAGCCCCCAGCAGCUCGUGAGCACGUUCCGGCUGCCGUCCGGCGUGGGCGCCACCUGCGUGCUCAAGUCUCCCGCCAACGGCUCACUGGGGCCCACGCUGAACCUGAGCAGCGGGGAGUCUCGCCUGCUGGCCGCUCGGUUCUUCGACAGCAUGUGCCUGGAGUCCUUCACGCAGGGCCUGCCACUGUCUAACUUUGUGCCUCCUCCACCUUCGCCCGCCCCGUCCGACUCCCCGCCGUCCCUGGAUGAGGACCUGCAGGCCUGGAACACCUCUCUACCGCCCACUACCGGGCCAGAAAUGUGGACGUCGGCGCCCUCCCUGCCGCGCCUGGUUCGGGAGCCCGUCCGCUGCACCUGCUCCUCGCAGGGCACCGGCUUCUCCUGCCCCAGCAGUGUGGGGGGGCACCCGCCCCAGAUGCGGGUGGUCACAGGCGACAUCCUGACCGACAUCACUGGCCACAAUGUCUCUGAGUACCUACUCUUCACCUCUGACCGCUUCCGACUACACCGGUACGGGGCCAUCACCUUUGGCAACGUCCUGAAGUCCAUCCCGGCCUCAUUUGGCGCCAGGGCCCCGCCCAUGGUGAGGAAGAUCGCGGUGCGCAGGGCUGCCCAGGUUUUCUACAACAACAAGGGCUACCACAGCAUGCCCACCUACCUCAACAGCCUCAACAAUGCCAUCCUGCGUGCCAACCUGCCCAAGAGCAAGGGCAACCCGGCAGCCUACGGCAUCACGGUCACCAACCACCCCAUGAACAAGACCAGUGCCAGCCUCUCCCUGGAUUACCUGCUGCAGGGCACGGACGUCGUCAUUGCCAUCUUCAUCAUCGUGGCCAUGUCGUUCGUGCCAGCCAGCUUCGUAGUCUUCCUCGUGGCGGAGAAGUCCACCAAGGCCAAGCACCUGCAGUUUGUCAGUGGCUGCAACCCCGUCAUCUACUGGCUGGCCAACUACGUGUGGGACAUGCUCAACUACCUGGUCCCCGCCACCUGCUGCGUCAUCAUCUUGUUCGUGUUCGACCUGCCGGCCUACACGUCGCCCACCAACUUCCCCGCUGUCCUCUCUCUCUUCCUGCUCUAUGGGUGGUCCAUCACGCCCAUCAUGUACCCGGCCUCCUUCUGGUUUGAGGUCCCCAGCUCAGCCUAUGUAUUCCUCAUCGUCAUCAAUCUCUUCAUCGGCAUCACCGCCACUGUGGCCACUUUCCUGCUACAGCUCUUUGAGCAUGACAAGGACCUGAAGGUCGUCAACAGUUACCUGAAAAGCUGCUUUCUCAUUUUCCCCAACUACAACCUGGGCCACGGGCUCAUGGAGAUGGCCUACAACGAGUACAUCAAUGAGUACUACGCCAAGAUCGGCCAGUUUGACAAGAUGAAGUCCCCGUUCGAGUGGGACAUCGUCACCCGCGGGCUGGUGGCCAUGGCAGUUGAGGGCGUCGUGGGCUUCUUCCUGACCAUCAUGUGCCAGUACAACUUCCUGCGGCAGCCGCAGCGCAUGCCCGUGUCUACCAAGCCUGUGGAGGAUGACGUGGACGUGGCCAGCGAAAGGCAGCGAGUGCUCCGGGGAGACGCAGACAACGACAUGGUCAAGAUUGAGAACCUGACCAAGGUCUACAAGUCACGGAAGAUUGGCCGCAUCCUGGCCGUUGACCGCCUGUGCCUGGGUGUGCGUCCCGGCGAGUGCUUCGGCCUCCUGGGCGUCAACGGUGCGGGCAAGACCAGCACCUUCAAGAUGCUGACCGGCGACGAGAGCACGACGGGGGGCGAGGCAUUCGUGAACGGGCACAGCGUGCUGAAGGAGCUGCUCCAGGUGCAGCAGAGCCUCGGCUACUGCCCGCAGUGCGACGCGCUAUUCGACGAGCUCACGGCCCGGGAGCACCUGCAGCUGUACACACGGCUGCGCGGAAUCCCCUGGAAGGACGAGGCCCGGGUGGUGAAGUGGGCUCUGGAAAAGCUGGAGCUGACCAAGUACGCAGACAAGCCGGCCGGCACCUACAGCGGCGGUAACAAGCGGAAGCUCUCCACGGCCAUCGCCCUCAUCGGGUACCCGGCCUUCAUUUUCCUGGACGAGCCCACCACGGGCAUGGACCCCAAGGCCCGGCGCUUUCUCUGGAACCUCAUCCUUGACCUCAUUAAGACAGGACGUUCAGUGGUGCUGACAUCACACAGCAUGGAGGAGUGCGAGGCGCUGUGCACGCGGCUGGCCAUCAUGGUGAACGGACGCUUGCGGUGCUUGGGCAGCAUCCAGCACCUGAAGAACCGGUUCGGAGAUGGUUACAUGAUCACGGUGAGAACGAAGAGCAGCCAGAGCGUGAAGGACGUGGUGCGGUUCUUCAACCGGAACUUCCCGGAAGCCAUGCUCAAGGAGCGCCACCACACCAAGGUGCAGUACCAGCUCAAGUCGGAGCACAUCUCACUGGCUCAGGUGUUCAGCAAGAUGGAGCAGGUGUCCGGCCUGCUGGGCAUCGAGGACUACUCCGUCAGCCAGACCACACUGGACAACGUAUUCGUGAACUUCGCCAAGAAGCAGAGCGAUAACCUGGAACAGCAGGAGACGGAGGCGCCGUCCGCACUGCAGUCCCCUCUCGGCUGCCUGCUCAGCCUGCUCCGGCCCCGGCUGGCCCCCACGGAGCUCCGGGCACUUGUGGCGGAGGAGCCUGAGGACCUGGACACGGAGGACGAGGGCCUCAUCAGCUUCGAGGAGGAACGGGCCCGGCUGUCCUUCAACACAGACACACUCUGCUGACCACCCGGCGCUGGACCAGGAAGGACACACUCCGCUGACCACCCGGUGCUGGACCAGGGACUUGACAGUGGGGACCGCAGUCCCCCAGUGCCUGCUGCCAGGCCCUGGAGUGGAGGCUGAGGACCAAUGGCUUCUGGCGCUGCAGCCCCUGUACUUGGCCACGCCCUGUGGUCACUGCGGCUGCCGCCCCCAAUUGUGCCAAAGGCUGACCCGGCCCAGGCUGCACACACCCUCGCCCCGCUUCGCCUUAAAGCCUCGGGGUCCACCGGGCCCCUCACCCCUGCCUGGCCCUGCUCUCCGCCUGAGGCGACACCAGCUGGACCAGGCCCUGCUGGCCUUUCUUCUGCCCGGCCUCAGAACCAGCUGUUUUCCCUGCAGUGAAGGCUGAUGCCGGGGCGGGCCGUAAGCGGGGCUGGGUCAGUCAUAUUUAUUUUACUUUGAGAAGAGUCUCUCCUGGCCCUGCUUUCCUGCAGAGAGGUGGCCGCCCCAUGGAACGCCAUCAGCUUGGGCCAGAUGGCAGGUGGCAGGAACGGAGAAGCUGGCUCUGCUGGCCAUGCGAGGGGCCGGACCCACCCCCCAGCUGCCGCUGCUCUCCCACCCAGCUUAGCCCCCUCCCCGCCCACCUGCCUGGGAGCCGGACCUGUACAUACUGCACAGAUGUUUGUUUUAAAUAAAUAAACAAAACGCC